CUGGCAGGCAGCCGGUGCUCUAGGAUCGUGAGCAGGGGUCCUAGCUCCCUGAAAGCGGCAAUGCUUAAUGGGGGUACAGAGGCCGAAAUCGGAGACCACCCAAGGAACUGCGGUCCACAGCAAAUCCCCACGGAUCGGAACAGGAGCCGCCCCCAGGCCCUGCCCGGCCGCCGGGAGCCACACUUCUGGGCGGCUGCCGCAGGUCGGGCGGGGCGAGGCCGGCGGCGCUGAUUGGCUGACCGCCGCAGCCUGGGUUUCCACGGCCCCGCCCCUGCUGCGCUCCCCACGACCGCAAGGCCGCGCGCGGGCCGGUCCUGCGCUGCCCGGCGGGAGGGGCUAGACCCCGCGUUCCUCCUCCCUACCCGUCUCCAUCCUUAAAGCGCGAGUCCGGACGCCCCGCCUGUGGGAGAGGGCGCCGGGAUCGACUGGGAGCAUCUAGGGCAGGCUGGGACCGACCGAGGAGGUUCUGAGGCGACAGAGCUGCCGCGGCUGGCACACGAGCGCCUCGGCACUAACCGAGUGUUUGCGGGGGCUGUGAGGGGAGGGCCCCGGGCGCCAUUGCUGGCGGUGGGAGCGUCGCCCGGUCUCAGCCCGCCCUCGGCUGCUCUCCUCCUCCGGCUGGGAGGAGCUGUAGCUCGGGGCCGUCACCAGCCCCGGGCCGGGCUCGAGAAUCGAGGGCCUCUGCCGCUGUCUCCCAUCUCAGUCCUUCGCCCGCGCCGGGCAGCCAGGGCAGAGACCAUGUUUGACAAGACGCGGCUGCCGUACGUGGCCCUCGAUGUGCUCUGCGUGUUGCUGGCUUCCAUGCCUAUGGCUGUUCUAAAAUUGGGCCAAAUAUAUCCAUUUCAGAGAGGCUUUUUCUGUAAAGACAACAGCAUCAACUAUCCGUACCAUGACAGUACCGUCACAUCCACUGUCCUCAUCCUAGUGGGGGUUGGCUUGCCCAUUUCCUCUAUGAUUCUUGGAGAAACCCUGUCUGUUUACUGUAACCUUUUGCACUCAAAUUCCUUUAUCAGGAAUAACUACAUAGCCACUAUUUACAAAGCCAUUGGAACCUUUUUAUUUGGUGCAGCUGCUAGUCAGUCCCUGACUGACAUUGCCAAGUAUUCGAUAGGCAGACUGCGGCCUCACUUCUUGGAUGUUUGUGACCCAGAUUGGUCAAAAAUCAACUGCAGUGAUGGUUACAUUGAAAACUACAUAUGUCGAGGGAAUGCAGAAAAAGUUAAGGAAGGCAGGUUGUCCUUCUACUCAGGCCACUCUUCGUUCUCCAUGUACUGCAUGCUGUUUGUGGCACUUUAUCUUCAAGCCAGGAUGAAAGGAGACUGGGCAAGACUCUUACGUCCCACGCUGCAAUUUGGUCUUGUUGCUGUAUCCAUUUAUGUGGGCCUUUCUCGAGUUUCUGAUUACAAACACCACUGGAGUGAUGUGUUGACUGGACUCAUUCAAGGAGCUCUGGUUGCAAUAUUAGUUGCUGUAUAUGUAUCAGAUUUCUUCAAAGAAAGAACUUCCUUUAAAGAAAGAAAAGAGGAGGACUCUCAUACAACUUUGCACGAAACACCAACGGGGAAUCACUAUCCGAGCAAUCACCAGCCUUAACAGGCAGCCGGGUGCCCAGGUGAAGCUAGCCUGUUUUCUAAAGAAAAAUGAUUGCCACAAGGCAAGAGGAUGCAUCUUUCUUCCCAGUGUACAAGCCUUUAAAGGACUGCUGCUGCUGCUGCUAUGCCUCUUGGAUGCCCACUUUGUGUGUACAUAGUUACCUUUAACACAGUCGUUAUUGAAUAGCUCUAAAUUCAUUUAAAAAAUUCCAAGCCUUCCACCAAAACAGUGCCCCACCUGUAUACAUUUUUAUUAAAAAAAUGUAAUGCUUAUGUAUAAAUGUGUAUGUAAUAUGCUUUCUAUGAAUGAUGUUUGAUUUAAAUAUAAUACAUAUUAAAAUGUUUGAGGACAA